GACUGUACCCUGACACGAUGCGACACGCCACACCAGCAGCAGUCGGCAUGUGCACAGUCUAGUAUGGCGGGAGGAGGGCAGACCCAGCGCCUCACACACCUGCCCAUGAGUACCCCUGCCAUGAGCCCGGCUACCUGCACUUCGACCCCGAGUAGUACUGGCAUGGCGGCCCAUCCUGCCUCCCAGAACACGCCAAGUCCUCCCGACGUCGAUCUAGAGAGCGUCGGCAGUCCCAACGCCACAGCUACCGCCACGGGGUCCGUCCAACCUAACAACAACAACACCGCCAACAACACAGCGUCCACAUCCCCCAGUAACAUCCCCAUGUAUCCAUGGAUGAGGAAAAUCCACCUGAACCACUCCGCUGGGACAGGAGACAACAAGCGCACGCGCACAGCGUACACGCGCUACCAGACCCUGGAGUUAGAGAAGGAAUUCCACUUCAACCGAUACCUGACGCGACGGCGACGCAUCGAGAUCGCGCAUGCGCUGUGCUUGACGGAGCGACAGAUCAAGAUCUGGUUCCAGAACCGCCGGAUGAAGUGGAAGAAAGAAAAUAAACUGAAGAGUCUGUCUCAGUGUCAGCAAACUCAGGGACUGAACCCAGAACACUGAGUACUGGAACACAAGGGGACUUGGUAACGAGAAGGAGCAAUAUGAUAUCAUACAUCCACACAAGGAGUUGUUUAUGUUUGUGGUCCGUCUUAUAUCAGUGUCGAGUCAUUUCCUGUAUUGUAUCUGUCCUAAUGUGACCAAACGUAAACACAAAGCGUGGAGACGCCGGUUCUGACUAUUUAAAGACUGUGUAGAUAUUGUAGUAUAUUGUGUUUUGUGUUCUGGCUGCAAAAAGAGACUAUAUACCUCGAGAUAUUUGUUUUGGCAGGGAAAAGACCCGUAUACUUGUACAGUGUUUGCGUCCGGCAGAAGAAGAAAAAAAGUCACAUACUGUUUGAAUGAAGAAAAAAAUGUGUAUAGAUGUUUAACGGAGAACGUGUUUAAUUAUCGUAGAUCGUAAAUAAUAAUUUCUCUCGAAGAACAAAAAAAUGACGAAGUAGGUGAUUCACACACGUAAAUGGGACGUAAAUAUUCGGUAGCUGUGCCAUUGGAGUCCGUAUAGAAGACGUAAAGUAGACGUAGUGUCUAAAAUUCUACACCUCUUGUAGGCUGGGGUCCGUUACAGGGUUAGCAUCGAUUCCGCUUGACAAUCUGUGUCGCUUUGUACCCGUAUUUGUAACGUCAAAAUUUAGCCGUGAGCGUGCGUUUAAAAAUGAGUGUGACGCCUUCCUUUUUUCUCUGUAUAUUUAUUAUGUUUUUGUACUUCGUAUCUUCGGUCCGAGGAAAAGACAGGAGUAAUGAUAAUAUAGCCGAGAAUAUUGAAAAUCAUUCGUGCCAAGCUAAAUGUGAUUCCUGAGAUAUCGAUGCACCUCAUCGUGGCUUGUAAAAUUGACGGCAAUAAAGAGUAUUAUUCUGUGAGCAAAAAACACA